CAUAUUUCCGCGCUCUGGCGUUCUAACCUGGAGCGCGUGUCCCUGUUUCCAGCCUUGGGUGACUGGCCCAGCACAGGCUGUAAUCACCGAUGGCUCAGCAGCCGCUGCGUCUCUUGGCUUGUGGAGAUGUUGACGGAAAGUUUGAUGUCUUGUUCAACAGAGUUCGAACAAUUCAGAAGAAAAGUGGGAACUUUGAUCUGCUGUUGUGUGUAGGAAAUUUCUUUGGCUCUGCCCAAGAUGCUGAGUGGGAGGAGUAUAAGACUGGCAAAAAGCAAGCUCCUAUUCAGACAUAUGUGCUUGGUGCCAACAACCCGGAAACAGUAAAGUAUUUCCAGGAUGCUGAUGGGUGUGAAUUAGCUGAAAACAUAACUUACCUGGGUCGAAAAGGUGUCUUCACUGGAAGCUCGGGGCUGCAGAUUGCCUAUCUCAGUGGGACAGAGUCCUUGGAUGAACCAGCCCCGAGUUACAGUUUUAGUUCCAAGGAUGUGUCUUCCCUGAGAACAAUGCUGUGUUCGGCAUCCCAGUUUAAGGGUGUUGACAUCUUGCUCACGUCCCCGUGGCCCAAGUAUGUGGGGAGCUUUGGGAAUUCCUCUGGAGAAGUGGAUACCAAAAAUUGUGGUUCAGCUUUGGUCUCCAGUCUUGCCUCAAGCUUGAAACCAAGGUAUCAUUUUGCUGCUUUGGAAAAGUCCUAUUACGAGAGACUUCCGUACCGAAACCAUGUUGUUCUACAAGAAAGUGCACAGCAUGCCACCCGCUUUAUAGCACUGGCGAAUGUUGGGAAUGCAGAAAAGAAAAAGUAUCUUUAUGCAUUCAGUAUUGUCCCCAUGAAGCUAAUGGCGGUAGCAGAGCUGGUGAAACAGCCUCCGGAUGUCACUGAGAACCCUUACCGAGAGUCUGGGAAGGACGCAGCUGUAGGAAAACGUGUUCCUGUCUCUCAGGAAGAACCAGCCUGUCAAUUCUUCUUCGAUUUGAAUGAAAAGCAGGGAAGGAAACGGUCAUCCACAGGCAGGGAUAACAAGCCUCCUCAGGCCAAGCAGCCACGCAAGCCUCCUCAACCUCCAGGACCUUGUUGGUUUUGCCUUGCCAGCCCUGAAGUGGAAAAGCAUUUGGUGGUCAACAUUGGCACACAUUGCUACCUUGCCCUGGCUAAGGGAGGCUUAUCUGAUGACCAUAUCCUCAUCCUGCCUAUUGGACACUACCAGUCGGUUGUGGAGCUUUCGGCAGAGGUGGUAGAAGAAGUGGAGAAGUACAAGGCCACUCUGAAACGCUUCUUUAAGAGUCGGGGAAAGCGCUGUGUUCUGUUUGAAAGAAAUUAUAGAAGCCAUCACCUCCAGCUUCAGGUCAUUCCUGUGCCCCUCAGCUGCUGUGUUACGGAUGAUAUUAAAGAAGCCUUCAUUACCCAGGCACAGGAGCAACAGAUAGAGCUGUUGGAAAUUCCAGAGCACUCAGACAUCAAGCAGAUUGCACAGCCGGGAACAGCCUAUUUUUAUGUUGAACUCGACACAGGAGAAAAACUUUUCCACAGAAUUAAAAAGAAUUUUCCUUUGCAGUUUGGAAGGGAGGUACUGGCCAGUGAAGCUAUUCUCAAUAUUCCUGACAAGGCUGACUGGAGGCAGUGUCAAAUCAGUAAGGAAGAGGAGGAGACCCUGGCUCGACGCUUCCGGAAAGACUUUGAACCUUUUGACUUCACUCUGGAUGACUAGACAAAGGGAAAGGCACUUUAUGAACAUCACAGGAAAUUGUUACAGCUGUUCUUAAAAUGAAACUGGAGUCUCCUGUUGGGGCUUCUUCCCUGCCUUCAUAUAUUCCCAUGGAAACUGCCUGCAGCAGGAGACCUAGCAUUGACUUUUAAUGUUUUUUUUU